CUCUGGGCAUCGCGGAUUGCUAAACUCGAGUCUGGGGAAAAAAGUCAGGGAGGUGGAAAGCCACACCCCGCAGUGCCCGCGAAUUUCCCUAGCAGCGGACGGUCUCUCUGGCAGAAGCCUCGGAGAUGCUGGGCCCACUGCUGCUCACCGCUGCCCACCUCCUCUGCUUGUGCGCAGCGCAGCUGGCCGCCGCCCGGGGGCCCAGGUUUCUGGUGACUGCCCCUGGAAUCAUCAGGCCAGGGGGAAAUGUGACUAUUGGGGUGGACCUUCUGGAACACAGCCCCUCACAAGUCAUGGUGAAAGCCGAAGUGGUUAAGAAGUCAGCAAACCUCACUACCUCUGUUUUGCAAACAGAAGAAGUCUUUGAAAAAGGUUCCUUCAAGACACUGACUCUUCCAUCAAUACCCUUGAACAGUUCAGAUGAGAUGUAUGAGCUACGUGUCACUGGACGUACUGAGGAUGGGAUUUUAUUCUCUAAUACUACUCUCUUAACAUUUGAGACCAAGAGAAUAUCUGUUUUUAUUCAAACAGACAAGUCCCUGUACAAGCCAAAGCAAGAAGUGAAAUUUCGUAUUGUUACACUCUUCUCAGAUUUUAAGCCUUACAAAACCUCUUUAAAUAUUCUAAUUAAGGACCCCAAGUCAAAUUUGAUUCAACAGUGGUUGUCAGAGAAAAGUGAUCUUGGAGUUGUUUCCAAAACUUUUCAGCUGUCUUCCCAUCCAAUACUUGGUGACUGGUCCAUUCAAGUGCAAGUGAAUGACCAGACAUAUUAUCAGUCAUUUCAGGUUUCAGAAUAUGUAUUACCAAAAUUUGAAGUUGUUUUGCAGACACCAUUAUAUUGUUCUUUGAAGUCUAAGAGUUUAAAUGGUACUGUCACAGCAAAGUAUACAUAUGGAAAGCCAGUGAAAGGAGAUGUAACACUUACAUUUCUACCUUUAUCCUUUUGGGGGGUGAAGAAAAAUAUUACAAAAAAAUUUAAGAUUAAUGGAUCUGCAGACUUCUCUUUUAAUGAUGAAGAGAUGAAAAAAGUAAUGGAUUUUUCAGACAAGUUUUCUGCACACAUGCAUGUGUCUUCUUCCCCUGGACCAGUAGAAAUUUUAGCCACAGUCACAGAAUCACUUACAGGCAUCUCAAGAAAUGCAAGCUCCAAUGUAUUUUUCAAGCAACAUGAUUACAUUAUUGAGUUUUUUGAUUAUACUACAGUCUUGAGGCCAUCUCUCAACUUCACAGCCACUGUGAAAGUAAUUCGCACUGAUGGCAAUCUACUCACUCCUGAAGAAAGAAGUAAUAAUGUCGUCCUUACGGUGGUAAAGAGAAAUGAUACCGACUACUGGAAUGGAUGGAGCAGUAGAAAUCAGGAAGUAGAAACUCUCCAGAUCAUAAAUUAUACUGUCCCCCAGAAUGGAAUCUUUAAGGUUGAAUUUCCAGUCCUGGAAGAUUCCAGUGAGCUACUAUUGAAGGCCUCUUUUCUUGAGAGUGUGCGUAACCUGGCAGUUCAUAGCAUUUUUAAGUCUCCUAGUAAUACAUAUAUCCAGCUGAGAACAAAAGAUGAAAAUAUAAAGGUGGGAUCACCUUUUCAGUUGGUGGUUAAUGGCAACAAACCAUUGAAGGAGUUAAGUUACAUGGUAGUAUCCAGGGGACAGUUGGUUGCUGUAGGCAAACAACAUUCAACAACCUUCUCUUUAACACCAGAAAAUUCUUGGGCUCCAAAAGCCUGUAUAAUUGUGUAUUAUAUUGACGAUGAUGGGGAAAUUAUAAAUGAUGUUCUAAACAUUCCAAUUCAGCUUGUUUUUAAAAAUAAGAUAAAUCUAUAUUGGAGUAAAACUAAUGCUGAACCAUCUGAGAGGGUCUCUCUUAGGAUCUCUGUGACACAACCUGACUCAGUAGUUGGGAUUGUAGCUGUUGACAAAAGUGUGAAUCUGAUGAAUGCUUCAAAUGAUAUUACAAUGGAAAAUGUGGUUCAAGAGUUAGAACUUUAUAACACAGGAUAUUAUUUAGGCAUGUUCAUGGAUUCUUCUGCAGUCUUUAAGGAAUGUGGCCUCUGGGUAUUCACGGAUGCAAACCUUGUACAGGAUUCCUUCGAUGUUCUUUAUGACUCGCUUCCUGACAGGUUUGUGGAGGAAAAUGAAGGGUAUCCAAUAGAUUUUAAUGAUUUUUCUUCGGGGAGCAGUACACGUGUCAGAAAACAUUUUCCCGAGACUUGGAUUUGGCUGGACACCAAAAUGGGUUCCAGGACUUUCCAAGAUUUUGAAUUUACUGUACCUGACUCUAUCACUUCUUGGGUGGCGACAGCUUUUGUGAUCUCUGAGGACUUAGGUCUUGGAUUAACGGCUACUCCAGUGGAGUUACAAGCCUUCCAACCAUUUUUCAUUGAUUUGAACCUUCCCUACUCUGUCAUCAGAGGUGAAGAAUUUGCUUUGGAAGUAACCAUAUUCAAUUAUUUGAAAGAUGCCAUGGAGGUUAAGGUAAUCAUUGAGAAAAGUGAACAAUUUGAUAUCCUAAUGACUUCUAAUGAAAUAAAUGCUACAGGACACCAGCAGACCAUUCUGGUUCCCAGUGCAGAUGGGGCAACUGUUCUUUUCCCAGUUAAGCCAAGACAGCUGGGGGAAAUUCCAAUCACAAUCACAGCUAUUUCACCUGCUGCCUCUGAUGCUAUCACCCGGAGGAUUUUAGUGAAGGCUGAAGGAAUAGAAAAGUCAUAUUCACAAUCCAUUUUAUUAGACUUGACUGAUAACAACCAACAAACUACCAUGAAAGCUUUGAGUUUUUCAUUUCCUCCUAAUACAGUGAGUGGUAGUGAAAGAAUUCAUUUCACUGCAAUUGGAGAUGUGCUUGGUUCUUCCAUCAAUGGCUUAGACUCGCUGAUUCGGAUGCCUUAUGGCUGUGGUGAACAGAACAUGAUAAAUUUUGCUCCAAACAUAUAUAUUUUGGAUUACCUGACUAAAAAGAAACAGUUGACAGAGAAUUUAAAAGAAAAAGCUCUUUCCUUUAUGAGGCAAGGUUACCAGAGAGAACUGCUCUAUCAGAGAGAUGAUGGCUCUUUCAGUGCUUUUGGGAAUAAUGACCCCUCUGGGAGCACUUGGUUGUCAGCUUUUGUUUUAAGAUGUUUCAUUGAAGCUGAUCCGUACAUAGAUAUUGAUGAGAAUGUGUUACGCAGAACAUAUACUUGGCUCAAAAGACACCAGAAAUCCAGUGGCGAGUAUUGGGAGCCAGGAAGAGUGAUCCAUAGUGAACUUCAAGGUGGCGCUAAAAGUCCAGUAACGCUAACAGCAUAUAUUGUGACUUCUCUCCUGGGAUAUAAAAAGUAUCAGCCUAAUAUUGAUGUGGAAGACUCUAUCAGCUUCUUGGAAUCUGAAUUCAAUAGAGGAAUUUCAGACAAUUAUACUCUAGCUCUUAUAACUUAUGCACUGUCAUCGGUGAGGAGUCCUAAAGCGAAGGAAGCUUUGAAUUUGCUGACUGAGAGAGCAGAACAAGAAGGGGGCAUGCAAUACUGGGUGUCACCAGUGUCCAGACUUUCUGAAUCCUGGCAGCCAAGCUCCCUGGAUAUUGAAAUUGCCGCCUAUGUGCUGCUCUCACAUUUUCUGCAGUUUCAGGUUUUGGAGGGAAUUCCGAUUAUGAGGUGGUUAAGCAGUCAAAGAAAUAGCUUGGGAGGUUUUGCAUCUACCCAGGAUACUGUUGUGGCCUUGAAGGCCCUGUCUGAAUUUGCAGGCUUAAUGAAUGCAGAAAAUACAAAUAUACAUGUGUCUGUGACUGGGCCUAGCUCACUGAGUCCUGUAAAGUUUCUGAUUGGCACACAGAAUCGCUUUCUCCUCCAGUCAACAGAGCUUCCUUUGAUACAGCCAACUGCAGUUAAUAUUUCCGGAAAUGGUUUUGGAUUUGCGGUUUGUCAGCUCAAUGUAAUUUAUAAUGUGAAAGAUUCAGAGAAUUCUAGAAGACGAAGAUCCAUCCAAAAUGAAGAAGCCUUUGAUUUAGAUGUUGCUGUAAAUGAUAAUAAAGAUGAUGCCAAUCAUUUGAAUUUGAAUGUGUGUACAAGGUUUUUGGGCCCAUCGAGGAGUGGCAUGGCCCUUAUGGAAGUUAACCUACUCAGUGGAUUUACUGUGCCAUCAGAUGCAAUUCCUCUGAGUGAGACAGUGAAGAAAGUGGAACAUGAUCAUGGAAAAGUCAACCUGUAUUUGGAUUCUGUAAAUGAAACCCAGUUUUGUGUUGAUAUUCCUGCCGUGAGAAACUUUAAAAUUUCAAAUACACAAGAUGCUUCAGUGUCCAUAGUGGAUUACUAUGAACCAAGGAGACAAGCGGUGAGAACUUACAACUCCAAUGCGAAGCUGUCUUCCUGUGACCUCUGUGGAGAUGCUCACGGCUGCAGUCUUUGUGACAACACAGUUUCAGCCUCGUGCCGUCAUGCUUCAGUCAUUUUCAUUUUUGGUUUUAUGCUUCUGUUCUCUUUGCUACAUGGGCGGUGAUUUAUUUUUUUAAGGACUCCAUGUAACACAUUUCCAGAAGUCACUUGUGAUUGUCUUGUUUUCAUAAUCAAAUAUUGUGUCUAUUUUGAAAGAUUUUUUUUUUUCUUUUUAUGGGAUUGAGGGAUGGUGGACGACAGGUCCCUGCAGCUGCAGCUGUAUAGAUUUCUUCAUCUGACUUCUGUGUGGGACAAGAAUCAAAAUUACUAUAGUUGUAUUCCUUAUUUCACCCUCAAAAUGUUUUAGGAUUUUUUGGUAAGUUUAUUUUCUUCAGAAUAAAUGUGUUAUUUUAGAUUAUUCUCUUUAUUUUCUAGAACAAAUGAGCCAAGGUUCUUAAGCAUUAUUAUAUACCAGUGUUUGUUUUAGUAUUCAAGAUGGAUUUCCUGGAAACCAAGAAAAAAUAACUAGAAAGAGGAGCUUGUUCUGUUCCCUUCACAUCCACUUUAACCCCACUGUCCAUUGGAGUCCAUCCUAGUGGUUAGUGUAUCCUUCUUGACUGGAUAUUCUUUCUUUCCAGAAUGUAGGGGGUGAUCUUUUUUUUUUAAUGUAAAAGGUGUUUUUUCACUCCAAAUAUAACCACAUACUCCAACUUUUCCCUUCUUUUUUUUCUUCUGGAGAGAAGGAAUAUAUUUUUCUGUGCUUUGUGUGCAGGUUCAGAGACUGAGGAGUGAACUGAAAAUUGCCUGAAGAGGUCUUGGGUGCUGUUCUCCUCACUUCUUCAGCAGCACAUGCUGGCUCUGUUGCAGGGGUGAGAGUCAGAGAGUAGUUACCUGACUAGAAUAGAUAAUCUUAAAUGAGGAGACAUACAUUUUUUUUUAAUAAUGGGGUACAAUAAGCUAGGGCUACCACAGAAUUCUGUAUAAGAUACGGCAUACUGAGCUCACUGUGUCUGGGACACAGUUUAGGGCUUGACAGGGAUCAGAGUCUUGACAUGACUGCCCAGCUCAAGUAUUAUAGGGCAUUGCCCAAGAUCCUGCCAGCGCCCUUCAAAUUUCAUGUCUCUGAGCAUCAGACUGCCGGUUUCUGGUAAGCAAUCCAAUGCUUGCUGUCACUCUUUCUGAAGAUUCUUGAAUUUGGAGCACCCGGAUCAUUGGUUACCCGGUGUUCUGUGGGAUAAUAUUUACCUGCAUGAAAAAUUUUAAAGAAAAAUUCCUUCUUCCCUCUCCUUCCUUUUUUCCCUUUUAACUAUAUUAAAGAGCUUUAUCUAUAUGUACACACACACACACACACACACACACACACACAAUUAAAUAUCUUUUACCCAAUCUUAAAUCUUAUAAAUGGAUUAAUUUUGUUUCUUAACUCUGGUUUAUCUCUCAAGUGGACAGGAAAGAACUAAUUCCCAUGGACUCCAAAAAAUACGUUACAGUAUGUAAAUAUAUCUAUUAAAGUUAAUUUUUAAAGGAAUGUUUUUAUUUUAGUGACUUUUAACAAAUUAUAGUGUAGAUGUCCAUAUAUGGAUAUUUUGGAUACCAAGGUAGAAAUAAUGAACAUUUAUAAUUUUAAAAUUUGAAACCUAUUUGUAGAAAAUAGAUUCUCAGAGAAAAAGAACAGUCAAAUAUCAAAUAAUUUUCUUUUAUUUAUUUUUGAGUGGGAAAAGUUUUUAGCUUUGUUACAUUUUGAAACAAUCUGAUCUAAAAAAGAGACUUGUUAUGUUGAAUCUUCCUGUAUGAUAUUUUCACUAUAGAGAUGAAAUUAUUUUACAGUGAAGUUGGUGGGAGGGUAUUGACAAAACUACCUCCCUCCCAGGUCCAGGGAACUUUAUAAUAAACCAUCAAUCCCUGAUAGUCUAUAGUAAGUCAUUUGUACUGAACUUCUUGCGUACAAUAUUCAGAAACACUAGAAUAGGCAGACUGUUGGAAAACAGGUUGAAUCUUUUUUAGACCAUAUCUCUUCAUUUGAAAACUAGAACUCUAAUACCUUCUUUUGAAAUAAUUCAGAUUUCCGUUUAAAAAGUUACCCUUGAAUCAUAACAUCUUUUUUUUAUUAUAAACUUAGUGAAAUUGAGGGAGAGGAGGAUGAAGAGGAGGAGAAAGUGUUACUUAAAACUGUUUCAUGGUGCACAGGCUUUGGCCAGACUUGCCUUCUUUCUCCUUCAUAUUUCUCUUGGAGAAAAUACUCUGCUUCAAGCAGUGUAUUUGCAUUAAGUGUUAGAAUGCCUUAGGCAUAAGGAGAAAAGGGCAUUAUUGUUAGUAAUAAUUAACAGUGUAGACUAUUUUCUUCACAUACUAUGGGUCAUCUUUUAAAACUCAUUUUACCUUUACAGGUACUUACGCUGACACUCUUCUGUUUAGAAUGUUUUCAGUUUUGGUUAGCAAUAUCAACUAAUUUAAAAUCUCCCACCUUUUCCGCAGAUUGGGAGCCUUAUUAAGACACUAGCAUAUCUGACUUUCAUUUUUACUGGCCAUGGUUCUAGAGAUUGAAUGUGGGAAUAACUAUUAGCCAAACAAUUCAAGAACAGAAAAAUGCAUUUAAUAUAUUUGGUUUCAUUAUCUGACUACCUGCAGUGAUAGUUCUAAGAAAGAAAUUCAAGCCUAUUAAAAUAUGUCCAGUCAAUAAAAUGCUUCUUUUUAUUGUAUUGUUCUAUUAUACUUCAUAUUUUUCAAAAUAUUCUAAUAAUAGUAUUUUUGGUUUGGCAUUUUGGUUAUAUUAUAAUUUGAGGAACAUUGUGCUAAUAUAGAACCAGAUAGGCAUCUAUUACUUAAUAGUUCAUUACAUAUGCAAUAUCGUGGGAAUUUUUCAGAACUGCAGAUGUUUUUGAACUUGCUGUUCCUAAUCUUUGGGAGUUGAAUAUUUUAAGGUUAUAUUUAGGCCUAACUUCCAUUUGUUAAAUAUAGUUGUAGCAUGGCAAUAUGAUACCAAUUAGUUUUAUUUUGACAAAAUUCAAUAAUUUCAAUCUGGCUGUCUUAUGACAUUAAAAAUAUUGAAACUAUUUUUUCUUUGUCAUUUUUUAAAGGAGACAUUUUAUUAACCUGCUGGCAUAUAAUCUGGAGUUCUUUGUAACAGCCUUACAUGUUCUAAUUUGCAUUAUUGAAGUUUAAUAUUGAUUACUAUAAAAAUAUAUUGUAAAUACCUUCUUGACAAUGUCUCUUAAUAUAAGGAGAGUGCUUAUUUUGAGUUUGCCAAAUGGCUAUGAGGGGUCCAGAUGCCACUAUAUAAUUUGGGAUACAUAAUUUUCUUUCAUAUUGUAAAUUUUGAGGAUAGUAAGUAGACUCACUGUAGGAUAAGCUUCAGGCCUAUUAUACUCUCAGUAGAAGUCUCUGUUAGGAGAGUAUAUUCCUAUUUUUCUUUGGCAUGGCACUUUUAAGAAUUUAAGCAUUUCCUAUCGCCCAUUCACUAUUUAUGUUAAUUUUAAAUAUUUUAAGUUGCACGGGGAGUCAUUCGAGGUGCAAUUUUCAUCACUACUUUGAAUAGAGGACUGUUAUCCUACAUUCUUCAGGAAACUAAGCAAUACAUAUAUUUUAAAUUAAGUAUAUAUUAGUGAGAGUAGACUUGUUUCAAAAGUGUAACUAGCCAAUAAGUUGAGUCUUCAUGUGCCUUAUCAAAGACAGUGCCACUUGUCAUCAUUCCAUAAAAUACUGUCACUUUCAUUUCAAUUAUUGUAACAUAGAAAUUAUUUCCUAGAUAAUUUCUGAGUUUCUUAUGUUAUAGGACCCUUGUACAUUGGUAUGUGUGUGUCUCUGUAAUAAGGAUAAUAUUGAUAUAUGUUGCUACAUAUUUGAAAAUAAUUCUAUCUUGUUAUUGUGAGACCACUAUUUAUGACUCUUCUGUCCAGUGUAUUGAAUCAGUAGAAGUGGUUCCGUGUUCCAGUUAUGCAUCUUUAAGAUUUAGUUUUGAUAGCGUUAGUAGAAUAUGACUUUACUCUGGUCCUUCAAGCCUGUAUGCUUUGGGUUUUAAUGAGGUGCAGUUGAUGUGGCAGAUUCAGUCUUUAGUACAUAGGAAAAUUUAUAAAAAAUUUUAUGCCUAAAUCUGCUAUUUGGAGAAGUUGUAUUGCAUAUGAGAAGAAUAAUGUUGAAAUAAAGCAUUUUCUGAACGUUAGAAUGUUAAAAUUUUGUUAAUUAUACUCUAUCACAUAUUCAAAAGAAAAUCAUGGUUUGCCAAUAAAAAUUAAAA